GCCGGAGACGGUUGGGGAAGAGCCGUUGUGGAGGACGCUCCCCGCGGACCGCCCGUCGCCCCGGCCCGCGAGCGGCCCCCCGCGAGCGUUGGAGUCGGCGUUGCUAGCGCCCCACGGGGUAUCUGAAGUAGAAGGGGACUUGGAAUGGAAAGUCACCCUGUGAGAUAGUUUGUGGUCCAAAUCUGUUUUACCCAGUACAAUGUUACUGAAGUCAAGAACUGAUGAAAAAUUUUCGUCUGACCUCCACACUGCACUGAGCAUUUAAAUCAAGCGGUAUUGAAAUGGAUUGGGUUAUGAAACAUAAUGGUCCAAAUGACGCUAGUGAUGGGACAGUGCGACUUCGUGGACUGCCAUUUGGUUGCAGCAAAGAGGAAAUAGUUCAGUUCUUUCAAGGGUUGGAAAUCGUGCCAAAUGGGAUAACAUUGACGAUGGACUACCAGGGGAGAAGCACAGGGGAGGCCUUCGUGCAGUUUGCUUCAAAGGAGAUAGCAGAAAAUGCUCUGGGGAAACACAAGGAAAGAAUAGGGCACAGGUAUAUUGAGAUCUUCAGGAGCAGCAGGAGUGAAAUCAAAGGAUUUUAUGAUCCACCAAGAAGAUUGCUGGGACAGCGACCGGGACCAUAUGAUAGACCAAUAGGAGGAAGAGGGGGUUAUUAUGGAGCUGGGCGUGGAAGUAUGUAUGACAGAAUGCGACGAGGAGGUGAUGGAUAUGAUGGUGGCUAUGGAGGUUUUGAUGACUAUGGUGGCUAUAAUAAUUAUGGCUAUGGAAAUGAUGGCUUUGAUGACAGGAUGAGAGAUGGAAGAGGCAUGGGAGGACAUGGCUAUGGUGGAGCUGGUGAUGCAAGCUCAGGUUUCCAUGGUGGUCACUUUGUGCACAUGAGAGGGCUGCCUUUUCGUGCGACUGAAAAUGAUAUUGCUAAUUUCUUCUCACCACUCAAUCCAAUACGAGUUCACAUUGAUAUUGGAGCUGAUGGCAGAGCAACAGGAGAGGCGGAUGUAGAAUUUGUGACCCAUGAGGAUGCAGUGGCUGCCAUGUCUAAAGAUAAGAACAACAUGCAACACCGAUACAUUGAACUCUUCUUGAACUCUACCCCUGGAGGUGGCUCUGGAAUGGGAGGUUCUGGAAUGGGAGGCUAUGGCAGAGAUGGAAUGGAUAAUCAAGGAGGAUAUGGAUCUGUCGGGAGAAUGGGAAUGGGGAACAACUUUAGUGGAGGAUAUGGCACUCCUGAUGGCUUGGGAGGCUACGGUCGUGGUGGAGGCAGUGGAGGUUACUAUGGGCAAGGUGGAAUGAGUGGUGGUGGAUGGCGUGGGAUGUACUGAGGACACCACCAACAACGUACAAGUCCUAACAUCUGGUCUACCAGACUUUCUUACAGAUUUCAUUUCUUUUGUAUUUCAAGAACUUUAUAAUGACUGAAGGAAUGUGUUUUCAAGAUAUUAUUUGGUAAAGCAACAGAUUGUGAUGGGAAAAUCUGUUUUCUGUAGGUUUUAUUUGUUGCAUACCUUUGACUUCAAAUAAAUUUUUAUAUUCAAA